AUGGAAAGAGAACAGAAAGAGAAGGAAGGAGAAUCAUCGAAGCAUGCCAUCAAUAUCGGCACAGGUACAACAAACGGUACAUUAUUCGGUUAUUAUUCUUAUAAUCAAUUAUUCAAAUCAUCUGGAUCUGCAACAUUACUUAUUGAAGAUAUUCCCAAUGAAGGACCAAAAUCAUUACGCGAAAUCGCUAGACUUCAAAGUAUCACUGGUGGUCAAGGAGUGUUGAAAUGUGAUUGUAAAGGCGGUUGUAAAACAAAUCGAUGCAAAUGUAAACAAACGAAAGUCUUAUGUAACUCACGUUGUCAUCAUUCAGGAACUUGUGAUAAUAAAUAA